AUGGAGUGCCCUCGUGGGAAGUGGCAGCCUCCUUAUUGUGAGAGCGACUGCCCCGUAUGUUACAAUGGGGGCGUGUGCUCAGUUCAUUUUGGAGCUUGUAUCUGUCCCCCGGGCUUCACUGGAAACAACUGUGAAGAAGCUUGUGGUCAUAAUAAUUGGGGACGCGAUUGCAAUAUAAUAUGCAGCAGUAAAAACAAAGGCAACUGUAAAGGAAGUCUUUAUUGUCUACCUGACCCUUUUGGUUGCUCGUGUAUGUCCGGAUAUGGUGACCUUGAUUGCAAAAGAGUUUGCGACACUGAAACGACUGGCAAGUAUGGACCCGGAUGCCUUCUUGACUGUCACUGUGACGCCUCUGAUUGUCAGCCAUCAGAGGGUUGUAACGAAACCGCCAAUUGUCAUACUGGUUACACUGGCACCCGUUGUCUAGAGAGGAAAACGGAUGUUGAAUGCCCUGAUGGAUUUUAUGGCCCACAAUGCACCAAAAUAUGUCAUUGCCGAAGCUCGUCAAAAUGUGAUCGAAAUAGUGGAAAUUGCCAUGAUGGUGAUGUUUGUGAAGACGGAUGGGCCGGAUUAGGAUGCCAGCAAGUUCUUCCCGCCCUGAGUGAUGCUCCACUAGUGGCAAUGUUUCUAAAUACCUGUAAUGUCGAGAUUAGUUGGUCAAUCUGGAGUCUGGACAAUGACUACGGCCGUGGAAACGUCCACAGUUACCAGCUGGAAUACUGGCCAACUAGUCACAUCACCGAUUUAGUUGUUUUAUAUACCACAAUGGACACGGAAAUGAACAUAUCGAGGACACAAAUGAACAAUAACACAGAAUAUAGUUUCACUGUAAAGGUUGUUACUGAUGUUGAGGGUGUGUUAGUGGUUGGAAAACCUAGUCCACUGGCAGUUCAGAUAUAUCUUUCAGAUCUUCCAGCUCUAAGCAAUGCUCCACUGAUCGAAGUGUUUGCAAAUUAUUUCAAUAUCAGUUGGUCGGUCUGGAAUUUUUACAAGGACUACGGCUGUGGAAAUGUUGACAGUUAUCGGUUUGAAUUUUGGCCGACUAAUGAUACCAGCGAUUUAGUUGUUCUAAAUGUUACAAUAGGCACCGAAACGAGCAUAACGUGCGCAAAUAUGAACUACAACACGGAAUACAGUUUCACAGUAAAGGUUCUUACUGAGGUCGACGGUGUAUUACUUGUUGGAAAACCUAGUCCGCUGGCAUUUCAUCAGAUAUAUCCACCGGUUCUACAAAAUCCACCAUCUGUUACUUCACGUAGUUCACUUGGUAUCAACAUUACCUGGACUGAGUGGGCAUUCAAUCGUGAUGAUGGCAUUGGAUGUGUAACUGGUUACGUUGUUGAAUGGUGGGAUGCGGUGGAAGCCUGGAAUAUCAGCAACAACACAUUUAAUGGAGAGCCUUCUGAAGGAAUACUCAUCCCUGAUAUUCCAUACUAUACUACUCUGGUUUUGCAAAUCAAAACGCUCUAUAAUAAACGAAGCAAUGAAGUUAUUGGAUUACCAAGUCCAUUACUGGUUAUAUUUAGAGAGCAAUGUCCGUAUGGCUGGAAGCAAUUCAAAGAAACAUGCUAUUUGUUUGGUGACAAUGUCAUUAAUUGCGAUGACGCAAACUCGUUUUGUCAAAGAGAAAGCGCAAAAUUGGUAUCAAUUACAUCGCAAGAGGAAAAAAAAUUUGUGUCGUCACAAGCAGGCAACAUAUCCCAUGAACACUGUUGGAUUGGAUUGGAGUCCCUAACAUGGGACUGGAACUGGACACCAGACGGGGAAGGAAAAUGUACACAAUUUUACCCAACUUCUGUCUCCUGGUCCGACGGCCCCUGUGAAAUAAGCAAUCAAACAAGAGCCGUCUGUAAGAAAGAUAUUCAGAAAUUUGGCUGUCUUGAUGGAAGUUGGUAUGGUUAUAAGAAUAAUUGUUACCGCCAUUAUAGCAAUCUGUCAUGGCCGGCAGCUGUAUCUUUUUGCCGAGGGCUGCGAAAGGCUGACCUGGCCAGCAUCCAUUCACAAGAGGAAGAUGAGUUUAUUCAGACUAUCAUUCAAUACUAUGACGGAGAUUCGUGGAUUGGUUUAAAUUUUUCUGACGAGGAACACUGGAGUGAUGGAACUGACGUUGACUACAGUGUCAUCGAAACUGGUGCAGAAGGUGGGUGCGUUGUAUACAGGCGGGAAGAUCACGUUUUCUCUUGGAAAACUCAAUCGUGCGCAUCAUCAGAACGUGCGUACGUGUGUAAGGAUAUGAGAGGUAACAUUAGUGUGUUAAGUGUCGAGUACUGAAUUGUUUCUAACGCAUUGGUGUAAACAGUCAAAAUUUGACUAUUGUUACGAAGAGUUAACAAUCUGGUAUAACGCCUUACAACAUAUUAGCUCAAAUUCUAACAUGUUUACUCUUUUCACAGCAUUAACAAAAAACAGAAUUUUCUUUACAGCAUUAAUGAUAUUUUUUACAGCAUUAAUGCCGUUUACUCUACAGCGUUAACAUUUUAUCCACAGCAUAAAAGAAACUGGAAGUAAUUUUUUUACGUAUCUGACCAUGAUUUAUGUUAAAGGGUUAACAAAGUUUUAUUUCAGCUACCAAGAAAUAUUUCUACUUGUUCCUUGUCUUUGAGUUCAACGGAAUUUGCUGUUGGAUCAAUCGAUUACUCACAAGACGGGAUGGGUGCAUUAUUGAAGAUGACUUUAAAUGGAUAAGAACGCAUACUGGUAGGAAAUGGAGGCGCUCUCAUCAAUGACGAUAUUAGCAUUAUUUUUCCUGUAAAUGUGCUACUGGAACUAACUUAAUGAGAAAAGUGAACCCCACGGUGUGACAGCUGGAGAAGUGCCACGAUUCUCUCUUUAUCAAGUAAUUGCUGUAAACAGGAAGAACAGGCAAUAUUUCGCAUGGAAAAAGUUGUACUCAUAAAAUCCUCGUGUUAAAUAUGACAUCCAGGAACAUUUUGCAGUUUUGCAGACACCUUUUAAACACUCGGACGUUAAUUGUAUCGAUAUCAAGAAUAGUUGUAGUCCUUAAUGAAAAACAAAACCAAGAAAAAUUAUCCAUAUCAUUUAACAGAAAACACUGACGUGCGUUGCUGCUUAUCUGACCUGAAAAAAAAUGUAUCUGGCAUUGGCUACACAUCUAGUUGCCAAAUUUUGUCUUAAAAUAGAUGUAAUGAAAUGUAGAAUCAUGCCUAGUAUCGAGUAAGUCAUCAAUGAAUGAAUGGUUGGAUACCUUUAAAAAUGUAUUUUUUCAACAGUUACCAUCCCAGCAAUUUUAGGAAUUAGGAGCUAAUGAAUAUAAUGAACAUACGUUAUGAACAUUUUCGAGAGAUAGAAAAGCAAGAACCUAAUUUAACCAGUUAAUUUAUUUGUAAAUAAACAAUGAACAAAUACGCAGAUGAUCUGAAUUGACAUUCUAUACAAUGUAACUGUACAAUUCUGUCUUUCUAUUUAGAC